GGAAGUGCCCGCCCUGGAGAGACCCUCUGGGAGCGUCUGGUGGCCCGGCCAACCUUCCCAUUUUACGUAUGGGGAGACAGGCCUGGAGACUGAGGUCACUUGGCCAGGGUCGCGCAGUCAGUGAAGGCCGAGCCGGUUCGUAGAACUAGCUCUGGAGUUCCAUUGCUGUUUGGUGCAGCACGGUCCGAGAUGGAAACCGUGGAAAUUGGAGGCGAGGACCUAGCAUUCCAGGCACAAGUGCUUCUCUGGGCUGGGUGUCAUGAAAGGCCUGCUGUCAAGAUGCAGAGCACUGUCCGUCCUGGCCAUCUGCAGCCACCAGCUCUCUGGGUCCAGUCCUCACAGGUUUUACCACUGUGACCCUGAGAGAGGGAAGCGCUUGGUGCUGUCUCGCAUGUUCCAGCCCCAGAACCUUCGGGAAGACCAGGUGCUCUCUCUCGAGGGCACAUCUGGCGACCUGACCUGUAAGAGCCAGAGGCUGAUGCUGCAGGUGGGCCUGAUCCACCCAGCAAGCCCCGGCUGUUACCACCUCCUGCCUUACACUGUGCGAGCCAUGGAGAAGCUCGAGCGGGUGAUAGACCAGGAGAUGCGGGCCAUCGGGGGGCAGAAGGUCAACAUGCCCAGCCUCAGUCCAGGGGAGCUCUGGCGAGCCACCAACCGGUGGGACCUCAUGGGCAAGGAGCUGCUAAGACUUAGAGACAGACACGGCAAGGAAUACUGCUUGGGACCCACUCACGAGGAAGCCGUCACAGCCCUGGUCGCCUCCCAGAAGACAGUAUCCUACAAGCAGCUCCCGUUCCUGCUGUACCAGGUGACAAGGAAGUUUCGGGACGAGCCCAGGCCCCGCUUCGGUCUUCUCCGCGGCCGGGAGUUUUACAUGAAGGACAUGUACAGCUUCGACUCCUCCCCAGAGGCUGCCCGGCACACCUACGGCCUGGUGUGCGAGGCCUACGGCAGCCUGUUCCGCAGGCUGGGGCUGCGGUGCAUCAGGGUCCAGGCGGACGUGGGCAGCAUCGGGGGCACUGCGUCUCACGAGUUCCAGCUGCCGGCCGACAUCGGGGAGGACCGGUUUGCCGUCUGUUCUGGCUGCGGCUUCUCGGCCAACAUGGAGACACUGCGCUGGCUGCAGACUGACUGCCCGUCCUGCCGGGGCCCACUAACUGAGGCCAGAGGCAUCGAGGUGGGGCACACGUUUUACCUGGGCACCAAGUACUCCUCCAUUUUCAAUGCCCAGUUCACUGAUGCCCAGGGCAAGCCGUGCCUGGCCGAGAUGGGCUGCUACGGCCUGGGCGUGACGCGGAUACUGGCUGCUGCCAUUGAGGUGCUGUCCACGGAGGACUGCCUUCGCUGGCCCGGCCUCCUGGCGCCUUACCAGGUGUGCCUCAUCCCCCCGAAGAAGGGCAGUAAGGAGGAGGUGGCCGCCGAGCUCAUGGACCACCUGUAUGACCUCAUCACGGAGGCCCUGCCGCAGCUCCGCGGGGAGGUCCUGCUCGACGACAGGACCCAUCGGACCAUUGGAAACAGACUAAAAGACGCCAACAAGUUUGGCUACCCCUUUGUGAUCAUUGCGGGCAAGAGGGCCCUGGAGGACCCGGCACAUUUUGAAGUUUGGAGCCAGAACACCGGUGAGGUGGUCUUCCUCACCAGAGAGGGAGUCACGGAAUUUCUGAGCCAAGUGCGGGUUGUCUGAAAGCCCCGAGCCACUCCCACCCCAUCCUGCAGCCUUGGUGUUCAUUCUAAUGCUGCCUUUUCCUACACUCCCUUCCAGGGCCGGUCUCUCCAGAAACAAGGCAGCUCAUGGAACGCGGGAGUGUGUUAGGGAAACUGACUUUUAUCCAAUCCUUUGUUUAGACUCUUUGUAUUUCAAGUCGGUGAUUCCAUUCUCUGGGCUGACCUUGCUGCCACAUACCAUUCCUCUUCCAUUCCAGUGUGGAGGCUUCUGUGAGGAGGCAGGGGGGCAAGAAAGAGCUGCUCCUCUUGGCCCUCGGGUGAGUCACUUCCCUUCUCUCGAGUUUCCCAUGCAGAGGGUGGGAGUGGCUGGUGGCCAAGGCCCUCCCAGCUCCAGCACUCUGACCCCUGGCCCCUUGCUGCAUUUUGGUCUGAAGAGCAGGCCCACCAGCCCUGCUCCACUUGGACAAGUCCCUUCUCCUGCUGGGGCCUCAAAUUCCCCAUCUAUGACAUGAGAAAAUGGAACUAGAUCUGUAAAGUCCUUACAACUGUCACCGGUGGGUUCCACAGGAGGUUCAUGACAGGCAGAUCUGGUUCCUCUGAUCCUCCAUAGUCUAAGCUACAUAGAAAGUUGAUAGAAUUAGCUAAUCGCCCAAAAAACCACCCCCAGAGAUGUGGCUCUAUUGAGGUGGCUUAGCGCAGAGAUCCUGUUCUGUUGAUUGAAUAAAGUCAGGCUACUGGGACGAGCCUUGCCUGUUAAUGAACGGUGGUAAGGCCUGCCAUUUUCACUGUGAGCGGCUUCCUACCUGAGACUGUUCUGUCCUUUCUUUUUCUACUACGUCUACACUCUACUCGAACAAAAAAACCCUACCUUUGGUGGCUGGAAGUAUGUUUGAAACCAUUUCUUCCCCCAGAUGGGAGGGAUAGCAGGCUUCAGGUGUCAUGGUGAGCUUGUCCUGGGAGCAGAGCUGGGUCCUAGAGCCACGCCGGGGGCACAUAUCAAGGUGUCUGCCUGAAUUCUGUGGGAAACCAGAAUCAGGCUUGAGCCACCCCAGCAUACUGCACUUCUUGUCUUAGCCAGUUGUCCCACCUGCCAAACAGCUUCCCAGCAGCAUGUUACUGCUCCUGCUGUUACUGCCCAAACACACACCAUCAGGUUUCCUAGUUAAUGUACGUGGCAAGCCCUGAUGGCCCCCAGGCUGACCGCUGGCGCCCUGGGCCUAGCAUUUGGGCCAGGAGAUGCUCAUUCUGAGAGCAAACCUAGAAAGGCUGGAUUGUAAGUUGGGGGACCUUCCCCUUGGCUGCACUUUGGUCCCACCCAGUUCUGGCUAGGGUCUGGGGUGUGGCCUGGGCAUCAUGCAUUUUAAAGCUCCGUAGAUGAUUCUAAUGUGCCGAGUUGAUUCAUGGUUCCCAGCGUACUUCCGGGCAGUGGCCGUCCCUGAGCGGCUUUGUAGCUGAGUGUUUCUUUGAGUAAUUUGCUCUGUACAUUAUCAGAUGAUGUACACUCUCUGCUUUUAAUGGUCUGCUCAUUUAUUUGUUGAGGGACUGCCACAUACCACUGUGCUGUGAGGCACUUUUAUAUAUCAUUUUCAUACCUUAAACUGUGCAAGGUGGGUGCUGUUCUUCUUUUACGGAUGAGGAACCUGAAGCUCCAUUCAGCAACUUGAGGAUGCACAGUAUCAGAACUAGAAUCCGAGUAUUGACCAACACCUACGCCAUUCCCAUUACAACUGCAUGGCCUCUGCCUAGACAAAAGUGAUUUCAGUAAACAAAACUGAAUUAUUUAUGUCUAUCUAAUCGAGUUAGCCCCAGAUAGAUGAGCACGUAGAAUUUGUGCAAAUUGUCUUAAUAUUUUAAAAAAUUUAAUUCUUACUGAAGUAUAGUUGACACACAGGGUUACAUUCAUUUCAGGUGUACAAUAUGGUGAUUCAGUAACUGUACUUGAUGCUCUGCCCACCACAAGUGUAGCCACCAUCUGUCACCAUACACUAUUACAAUGCCGUUGACUGUAUUCUCUGUGCUGUACCUUUUAUCUCUGUGUCCUAUUCCUUCCAUAACUGGAAGCCUGUACCUCCCACUCACCUUUUUUUAAUUUUAAAUUUGUGCCCCAUAAGCUGAUCUAUGGAAGCUGGAGGGCUAGCCUAAUGUAAGCACUUUUUUAAAACCAGGUUUCAGGAAUAGAGAACCAAUUAACUUUAAACUCUUCAUAAAUGUUCGAGUUACAGAAAAGUUUGAGGACGAUACAGAAUCAUGGAAGUUUAGAACAGGAGGACUUGGGGCCCACCUGUCCAUCCCUCCUUUCACAGAUGGGAAGCAAGCCUGGGGUGGGAAUUAACCUGCCACACACCAUCUGACUGGCAGAACACCUGAUUGCAGGCUAAGAGCUGUGUCCCCUAAAUCAGGCUACCUCUGGUCCAUCUUAUUGCUUCAAGAGAAGUCUGGCUAGAUCAGCCUCUGAACUACAAAAGCCUUGUAGGUGUGAAACAGGUGCUGUUCUUUAUUUUCCAAGGGAGACAAAUACAGGGAGUACAGUGACUGGCCCAAAGGCAAGCUGAACGGAAACCCAGGUGUCCUGAUUACUAAGCCAGCGUGUCUUCUAAGAAGCCAGGGUCAGUAUGCUCUGGUGGAAAGACCAGAACCUGGAAGAGACAUAAUCCUAGAUCCACCACUUACCAGGGGUGUGACCUUAGACAAAUUACUUGCCCUUUAUGCGUCUCAGCUUCUUCAUCUGUAAGAUGUGCUCAUGGCAGUGCACCUCCCAGGGGGUUGCCUAAGCUCGCUUACAUGAAAUACUUAACCCUGUGCUGUCAGGAAACACUUCCUUCACACCAGACGACUUAGGAUCUGCUGGUAACGUAGCUCAAGAGCUGGAUCUAGUUUUCUUGAUGUGAUGCUUUAUAACCUUCCUGGGGGGAGCGCCACGAGCAAGAAUUAAGUGACACCCAUGGAAUGGCUCCAUCGCCGUAGAGGAAAGACAGAUACUCAGACCAUGUACCUUACUCUCUCCUGUCUGAAUUUGCCAGUGUUACCUCUUGCUGUAAAUUGAUGAAAUGGGGAUGCUGGCAAAAUAACAGACAUAGGAUGUAUUAUCAUUGCUCAUUCCUUGGGGAGAUCUAGAAGCAACUGGCCGGGAAAUAUUUAGCAGAAUUAAUACUUGGGGACAAAAGCUGGUGCAUAACAAAACCAUUGUGUAAAUCAAGCCUAGAAUGUAAAUCAAGGGCUCCAUUAAUAUUCUGUGUUUUAAUGGAAGCAACACCUGCUGGGCUAUCAAUAAAGACAUUUUGCAGAAA